AAAGAGAAUUUAUGAGAUUUUUUUUAAUUUUAUGUUUUAUGAAAAAUAGUAUAUUAAAUUCUCAAAUGACGAGUGGCAAAUUAAAAGGCCACAUGCUAUUUAGUUGUGUAAAUAUUAAAAUUUCCUAACCUUCAAACAAAUUAACAUAAAAAAUUGUAAAUUAACAAAAAGAUAACAAUUAAAUUCUUACUCUGAACAACUGUUUAGUAUAGGAUCAUUUACAAAUUUAUCACAAAUUGUUUAUAUAUAAAUUUAACUCACUGUUUACACUGUCUAUACAUGCUAAUGAUAAUAUAUAAAUAAAUAGAAAAGAUCUGCGUUUACAAGCUGUUAUGCGACAGAAUUGCCCUAGUAUUUAACACGUAUUUAACUACUAAAUGAAUACAUCAACCAAUAGCGUGUAUUUUGUCUCGAUCUCCCUUUCUCUCUCACUCUCAAUCGGUCUCGGUCGAUCUCCCCUUCUUCUUGGAUAACAACGUCCUACAUUUUCGUGUCACUAAUAUUAUUAUUAAAUUAUUGCGUUUCAUCCGUAAAAAUGUUACCCUCAUGGGCGCAAAGAAUUUUCACUUCAAUCUAUACUAACAUAUUCCGUUUUAUGAAAAAUGAUAUGGAGGAUGAUACGAAAUGAGAUGAAGUUGAUUUAUAUGACACCGUAAUCAGUUGGGAUGAAAUCCUCCUCCAAAAAUCAUGGAAUAGAAUGAGAUGAGAUGAAAUGAAAUAGUCUCAGUAAAGUGGUUGUUAUUUACUAUGGAGGGUAGAGGUAAGGAGAACGGUCUCAUAUGGGAGAAGAUUGAAAAAGUGUCCUACUUUCAGCACUAAAUAUCAGUUCAAAAAUCCUCCAGAAUGGCGCAAGCAUAGGCACAGGGUAUGAUAUGAAUUGAGCAGUUGUUAUCUGAUUGCAGUACAUAUGCUGAGUUGGGAAAUUUAAUAUAUUUAAUGACUAGAGUAGUUAGGUAGCGACACUGUAAUUAAUAGCAGAUUUUAACGGACACUUUUUCACACAGAAACGAGUCUCCUUACCUCUACCCUCCAUAGAUGAAACGAAGAAAUCAUGUCCAGCGGCUCUAUUUCAUUUUCCACACACGUUUCACAAUUAUGCACUUUCAAAGAUACUCAACAGUUAAUAAACUAAAUUAAUAAUUAAAAAACUAAAUAUAUUAAACGUUAAUAAGCACCAAAUUAACAAAUCCAACAAAUUAAAGGGCUGCUCCUCGCGUUCCCGCCAGAAAGUCGGCUAGUCUGAUUCGUCUAUUUGACAGGCAAAAUAAAUUUUGUUCAUACAGCCAAACUUCACGGAAAAGGGUUGUAGCCAUGUCUGAAUUCUAUAAUUAUUGUUCUCAAUUAAAAUAUAUUAUUUUUUUACUAAAAUGAAACCAGGUAAGAUGAGAUAUCAUUGUAUGUGAGAGAAAAUGAAAUUAGAUUUCAGUAAAUAAAAGAUGAAAAAUGGCUUGGCAUUAAAUUAAGACCACGGUUUGAUUAAGAAUUUUGUUGUUCGAGGCAGUUCAUAUCCGUUAAGUUUAGAUAAUAACGCUUUAAGUUUCUGUAGUAUUUAAGAACAGGCUUAGAAAAGUUUUGGAUGACCUCUAUAAUCUAUGCAGUUUAAUUUUAGGCAAUAUGGGUACCUCUUUUUCUGUCUGGCAAUAAUGUAUUAUUUUAUUAGUGUUUUAAAAUUCGAACUGCAUUUGACAUUAGCGGCCGUUAAAUGUUUUUGAGAUUUUAUUUGUAACAGUCGUAAAAUGUUAUUUUAUUACUAGAAUAAUUAAUUAUGUUUCAUUGGAUGUAGUAUAAUUACACAAGUUAUUUCUGAAGCUCUUUAUUAGACGAUAUUAAUAAUAAAAUGGGAAGUAAUUCAAGUAAACCAACCGACACCUCUUUGGUACUAAAAACUGAAUUAGAACUUGGUAACUCGGACCCUCGAUCUCCAACACCUGAAAUAACACGGACUCCUUUGCAAGUAAGUUUUCUCCGAUUGAUUCAUCUAAGCGUGUUAUUUAAAAAUAGACCUAAUCCAAGAACACGCAACGAAUGUACAUACCAUGGAAAAAAUGGCGCUAAACAUAACAUAACAAAAAAUAUAGACCUCAGAAAGACGUUUGAAUCUACAAACGGAGAUGAAAAAUUGAUACACAAUAACCCCAUUCUAUCUGCUGUUAUAAAAAACCAUUUACAAUCAUAUGAUCCCCGAUCUCCAACUCAAGAUUUUGAACGAACUCCAAUUAUUAUAUCUUCGAAAAUUAAUGAUUUGACAAAUGACACUGAAAAUUUAAGACUAAUAAGUGAUAGUUGUGCAAGUCCUGUUACUAGUAAAGAUAAAGAUAAUAGUUGUGAAACAUAUAUGGAAGCAAAAGAAUUCAGUCCUGAUUUGAUUGCUCCAAAAAAUUUGUGUAACGGGUUUUUGGACUCGACUUUCAAUGAUACCCUUCAAGAUAAUGAAGAACCACUGGGCUCAUCAACUGCCUCCAAAGAAACCCUGGAAGCCAACAAGUCUAAUGAGAAUAAACCAACCAAGCUGUUAGAAACUAACUUUGAUUGUAAUGAAGUUUGUGAUAUAGAAUUUAAUAGUAAGAGAAACAGCAUGUCAAAUCCAUAUUCCACCGAAGUCAAUGAUAGUAGAGAACAAUGUAUGCCAGUAUUUAAAAUUUUGGAAUAUGAUCCUCGCUCUCCUUCUAUAGGAAUUGAAAGGACUCCAUUAGUUGUGCCUAAAAUAGAUGACAAUGACAGUGUGGACAAUGUCGAAGAAAUGUCUGAUGAUACCCUUCUGAAAGUUUUGCAAAAGAGUAAUGUGGAAAUUGGACAUGGUGUAGAAGCACAAACAAAUUCAGAUGGAUUAUUGGUUUAUGAGGAUGAGUCUACAGACUUACAAAAUACUCCAAAAAAGUCAAAAUCUUCCAGUAAUGAUGGUUCGAGAACACCAUUAUCAUGUAUGAAAAACAAAGCAGAUACCGGUCAUACAAGAUCAAAAUCAGCAAACACAGUUUUUGAUCCAAAAGGAAGUGACAUAAAGCAUUGUAAAAAAAUUUCUCAUAUUCCAAGACUGAAGUCUUUAUCAAAACAGUCUAAAAUACUGCCAGCAGGUAGUAGUAUAUCUUUGAAAAAUAUUUCAAAAGCAUCCAUCAUUAGUGGUGACUGUGAAAAUACACCACCACACUCACAUCGUGAUAGAUGGGAUAAAGAUAGCAGUGUUGUACUAUGAAAUAUUGACAUAAUUUCAAUUUGCAUCCUACUAAAGAAAUGAUUACAAUAUACAAAUAGUGAAUAUGGUUUAUACCUUUUUAAUAAUUAUUUUGUUCCAAUAGAUAUUAAACUAAUUUGCUGCUAUACUGCUUUUGUACUGUGCGGUAAUUUUAAGGGGAUAGUACGAUACUGCUUGCAAGAGGAAAUUUAGUUUAUUAUCUUUUGUUAACUAUAUUUUUGACAAUUCAGUUAUAAUAUUUACAAUACAUCUAUAGAAGGUAAAACUAUAAAACGCGUAGUAAUUUGAUAUGACUAUGAAUAAAUAAUCUAAUGGGGUUUUUGUUUACUUUGCCCAAUAUUUUUAUAGUUUUUUUUUGUUUUUGGGUUGACACUCCCAUUGUUGAUCUGUUGCACAUCACAUUAUUUCAGCAUCCACCUAAAUACAUAAAUGAGUUUGAAAUCUCAGAUACUUUGUCUGUUAAUAAGUAUGCCAACCAUAUGCAUGUCUAACAAUGUCCUUGUUUAUUCUUAUUGUAUA